GCGGUCACAGGUUCGUGUUUCCGUUUUAAAGCAAAAAGCUGGAAAAAUGUAAUAUUAUUUUUUUACUACACGUUAAAUACUUUUAUAGUAUCACAAAGAGCAAUGUUUAAUCUUUUUAUUUCAUUCCAGUAUUUUUAUUUUUAUUUUAUGAAGUAGUCCCGACCUUUCGUUGAAGCUACCCUUGUAUUUGAAGCUUUAAAUAUGGCUACAUUGGCGGUAUCGGUUCUUGUUCAUCUGAGAGAAGUAUAUACGAGGACUGACAUGAAGAUUACGUUUUAUAGCAUCGAAUAGAAAUCCACUCUUGCUCCCCUCCCCUCCCUGUGCCUCCUAGCAUCCUCCUAGACUCCUCCUGAGUCACUGUGUCGGACCGGCGCUCUCCUGUGAGGGUCUUAACGUCUUUCUGGCUCUUGUCACGUCCCUCUACUGGAAAACACUCGAUGACCCAGGUGGCUCUAGGUCCAGCUGACAUGACAGCGCUGGUCCCUCCUCCUGCGCCAACACUGCUCGCCAACAGGCACGCAUCUCCUUCUCGAUCACCAUCCAAUCACAGGAGCCCUCCAGGCUCCCAGCUGCAUUUAGCAAAAGAGCAAAGCAACGACGGAGAGAAAAUUCGAGAGCUGUCGGAGGUGCUGCAGGAUAAAGAGCGUCGCGUUCAACAGCAACUGGAACGCUGCGCAGAGGAGCGAGGGAGGAAGAUGGAGGAGCAGAGGAGGAAGGAGCAGCAGCGCAAGGUGGCGGCCGUGGAGAAGAGACGAAAACAGCAAGAGGCGGAAAAGGAGAGGCUGGAGGCCAUGGUACGCCGAAGAGCCGGGGGCCCUGAAAGACGAGGAGGAGGAGGUGGAGGAGGAGAAGCCCGGGAGCACCUGGAUAACAGGCCUAAACGGUGGACAUGGGGAGGACCGCCUGACGGAGUGGAGGGUGAGUACCAACAUACCCACCAGCUGAGCCGGGAUCGGGUCCACCAGGCAGCUCCUCUGGCUCCGGCCCGGCUGGCUGGGGAAGAGGCGCUGCUCUGGGACCUGCGGGGCCCGGCAGAACGCUCACUGCAGCAGAAACGGCACCAGCUCAUCUUACAUUUCACGUGUUGUUUCUGUGUGUCCGUCUUUGACCCGUCAGUGUCUUUUGUGUCCCAUCGAACAGCUUCAUCCAACAACCACAAACUAACCAGGAGUUCCUCCAACCGCAGAAGCAUCGCUGGGUUCCCCGAGGAAACAUCCAGAGCCAAAACACCCACGGGGGAGUCAGCAAACACACCAAGCCGCAGUUCUUCCUUCAGGGCCAACAGCAAGGGCCCCGCCACACCGAAACGGGUGAGGUCCAGCAGGAGUCGUGCUCAGUCUCCCUGCUCCCCCGGUCAGUACCCGCCCUCCCCUCUCCGGCAGAGAGCCACCACCCCCGGCACCGACGAGGUCAAAGGUCACAGCACCCUGGAGAGGAAAUCCACCAAAUCUGAGACAUCGGAGAAGAAGAUCCCCAAAUCCACCAGCAGAGAACUCAAUGCAGAGUCUCCGGGCACGCCCACAGGAAGGAGCGUGGGUGGGACCACAGAUGCCGAGGAGGCAUCCAGACUGCUGGCAGAGAGACGCCGUCUGGCCCGAAUACAGAAGGAGCAGGAGGAGAGACAGCGGCAGGAGGAGGAGAGGCUGAGGGCCGAGGAGGAGCAAAGGAGGCAGCAGGAGGCCAGAGAGCUGCAGGAGAGGGCGGCGCGGCAGGCCGAGGAGGAGAGGGUGAGGCGGGAGGAGGAGAAGGCGAGAGGGGAGGAGGAGGAGAGACGGCAGAAGGAGCAGAGAUGGAAGGACAUGCAGGAUCAGCUGGACAGAGAGAGGGAGGAGGCCUUCCUGCGAGCUCAGAGGGAGGCUGAGAGGAAGAGGCAGGCGAGAGAGCUGCUGCACAUCCAGGAGGAGCAGGAGAGACAGCAGAGGAAGAAGAGAAUUGAGGAGAUUAUGAAAAGAACAAGGAAGAGUGAAGUGGAGCCUCCAUCUGCUGCUCCAGCAAUCGAGGUGCGAGGUGAAGCUGCUGUCGCCCCGGAGGAGGACGCCGCGACUCCCGCUGAAGCCCCCGUCAUCAUGCUGGGACCCCUGGAGAAGAGCAGUUUGGACGAGCUGUCAGAUGGGGUCCAGUCCAUGGACGUGAGUCCAGUGUCCAGGGAUGAGCAAGCGAGCGCGCACGAGUUCUCGCCCGUCACCGAGGGAACAGACGGCUGCCCGCUGGGGCACCUGAUGGACGAUGACGCCCCGGGGCGAGGGCAGCAGCAGGCUGCAGAGGUGCAGCCUUACCCCAAAAUGCAGGCUGGAAGCGGGGUCGGAGACCUCAACAAGAACCUGCUGAUUCACGGCUACAGCGCCGCCUCCGAGUCGUCCCAGCUCAUCCACAGCGUCGGCCCGAGCAAGCUGGACAUCCAGUAGCCAGGACCUUUUUCAGGAGGCCGGCAGCUAAAAACAGGAGCCAGGAGAAACAGACCAAGAGACCAGAACAGCAGUCAUCAUCUCCACAGGAAACGACUGCUGAACACCUGAUUUCUCAUCUGUAUUACCAAACCACACACGCGCAUCACUGUUAAGCUUCUGGCCACAUUUUAGGGCAGUGCAGGUGGGCAAUUACAGCUCUGAGAAACACAGUUUGACCUAAUCAUGCAGGUAAUGUGAUAUAUUUAUAUAUAUGUGAAUAUUAUGUUACAGAGUGAAGUUUAGGUCACAGUUUAUUCAUCUAAAACCCAAACAAAUUCAAACUUUGUGCUGUAAAACUUGGAGCUACUUCCCCUCCACGCCUGAAUCCAGUAUUUCCCAGCUGCACUGCCGCCAAACAUAACUCGCCCGCUUUAAUCUGUCAUCUCUGCUCUUGAAACCGUUGUAAAUAGAUGUUUGAGGCGGUCACGGUGGGGACAGGAAGCGGCUCCGUAGCAGAUGAUCUGGAGGAGAGCCGUGAGACUGAUGCUGUUGUGUGAAUCUGUGUGUAGCAUCCUCAGCUUGCCGAGCUGUUUUACGGCCGUGGUUGUGGGUUCCCGUGUGUUUAUCCCACCUCUGACCUGCUCUGCUGUAGAAAACCAUCAGAAACUGAAACGAUGAACCCGCUGUCGACCCGUAGCCUUUAGCUGUUGUUUCUCUGCCGCUCAUCACUGGACCGACGGACCGAUUUGAGGACUAGCAACAAUCAAACACGAGGAAAAAAUGCGACCCUUCUGUGGGGAAAAUGCUACAUGUCUUGUAAUUUAAUGUGCGGGCGGGGGGAUAUUGAGACAGCGUGUUGUGUAUUUGUCUGGCACUGACUGUAACCACGCAAGCUGCAGUUUAUAGUGUGCACUUACAGUAGUUGUAUGUUUGUUACACCGCUCUGAAGACGCUUAAAUCUCCAGCCCACGUCCCCGAGUCAAAUAUACCUCACCGAUUCAGAACAGCUUUCACCACCUCGCAGCUCAUCACCUCUGAGGCCUUAAACCUCUGUGCAGUCAGCAUCCUCCCCGUCACCCUCGGGCACGUCCACUUUCAGCUGAUUUUAAAGGCCUGCUUCCACAAGGAGGAGAACCACAAACAGUCCCUGAGGAGGCGUUUUUGCCCUUUAGCUCACACACAACAGGAGAUAACCUGAAAGUAAAGGUUAACCACUGUCCAGAAAUGUUAGUGUUCAUAUCAACAGGUAAAAAACUCAAUAACCAAACUCAUAUUUAUGGACAUUUUAAGGAAUUUGAGCUACAGAAAAGCUUUAGCCUUUAAGUCACGGUAAUCGCUUUCUUUCCAAGUUCCUUAAAUCUUUAUUGUUAAUUUUAUCUUUUUUUUUUUAUUGUUGAUUUAAUGUAUUUAUCUAUUUAUUUAUUUAUUUAUUUAUGGUUUAGGUUUUUAGGUCCUUAGAGAAGAUACUGGUGUAAUCUUCAGUACCAUUUAUUACAACAUAGAUCGUCUUUAUACAAAAACAAACCACCUAAAUUUCCAGAAAUGUUGCAGAAGACACAUCCUUGGUGUCAUGAACAGUUUUUUUACUGGAUAAAUAAGAUCAUUUAUUAUUUUGGCAUGCAUUGCAGUGUAAGCCUGUGCAGACACACUACAGCGUGGUUUGUUGUGGGAACCGAGGCCUCUUCUGCGUCUCCAGAGCACCACACAGAGGGGAGGAAAGCAUUUCCCCGUCACCCCCAACGACCUCCAGCGCAUUGAUUUUUCUCAUCAGCUUCCCUCCCUCCACGUUUGCUCACUGCUCCUCCAGAUUGUGCUGAAACGCGUCGUCAGAGGGUCCCCCGGGUCCCCUCGUGUAUGAAGUAGACAUAAAGGAUAUAAUGUUUAUUCUAAUCUUACUUAAACUCUGUGACACUGCAGCUUGGUGGAAUAUAUCAUUGUAAAUGUGGUGCAUGGAAAACUGCUGAAAACGAAUAAUAAACUUCAUCAAGCCAUUCGUGUCAGUGAGCCGGAUAAAUAAACUAGUGAAUGGAAAACUGAAUCAUUAAGGAAGUGAGGGACAUGUUUGAGAUGUUUAGUCUUUGACCUUCAUAUGAAAACGAUCUAGUGUAGGGCUUAACGCGGACGCUUUUCUUUAUCAUUAUAUCUCACUGUGUGUUGACUUGAUGCUGCACUGAAAUUAAAAAUCACCUGCAAAAACUG